UUAAAACGUUAUGGUGAGGACAUGGAGCUGUGCGACAUAGCCGUAUAUCCGAACUCACAGUCCAACUAUUUACCAUUUGGACUAGCCCAGGAAUCUCCUCCAGGGCCUACUUCUGUCGAAAUGGGCGAAGUCCUGUCGGAAUAUGUCACAGAAAUGCUGUACUAA